AUACUACAAGAACAUUGCUUGUGUCACAUGUAAGUGCCAACUAGUCCUUUGUUUUUUCUUGAUGCCAUUUUCCAUAACUUAAUUUUUAAAAGCUUCAACUUUUUAUGCUUCCUCCCAUCUUUGUUGAAAAAUCUAGCUCCAGGGAAAUGGAGUUCCCUUGUGGGAAAAAGUGCUCCAAUAAUGCAUCUCAAAGAACUCCAAAAGUAUUCAUACUUGUAGCUUUAACAUUAAUUAUUCUAGGUAUUAUCCCUCUUCACUACACUUCUAAGUGGUAUCAUGCUACAAAUAUAGCAAACCAUCAUGAGUCUGAAAAAUCAUCCACAUAUCAUAUUGUAGAUGUGGAGAUAAAGAUUAUGGAUGAUGAAACAUGUGAUAUUUCAAUAGGAGAGUGGAUUUCAAAUCCUGAUGGUCCAUAUUAUACGAAUAACACUUGUUGGGCGAUCCACGAACACCAAAAUUGCAUGAAAUAUGGGAGGCACGAUACUGAUUUCUUGAAAUGGAGAUGGAAGCCCAAGGGAUGUGAGUUGCCUAUCUUCAACCCAUUUCAAUUCUUGGAUAUGAUGAGGAACAAAUCAUUGGCAUUUGUUGGAGAUUCAGUUGGAAGAAACCAUAUGCAAUCCUUAAUAUGUCUCUUGUCCCAGGCAGUAUAUCCAAUUGAUGUCUCUAUUAGUCCAGAUGAAAAUUUUAAAAGGUGGAAAUAUGUUGAUUACAAUUUUACCCUUGCAACAUAUUGGUCACCAUUCUUGGUAAGAAUGAAAGAAGCAGAUGCUGAUGGUCCAACAAAAACUGGUCUCUUCAACCUUUAUCUUGAUGAAGCUGAUGACAAAUGGGCAACUCAAAUUGAAGAAUUUGACUAUGUCAUCUUCAAUGGUGGCCACUGGUUUACUAGGUGCAGUGUUUACUAUGAGAACAACCAACUUGUUGGCUGCAGGUAUUGUGGACUUCCAAAUGUUGCAGACCUCCCAUCUACUUAUGGCUACCAGAGAGCAAUUAGGACUGUUUUGAGAACCAUCAACAACUUGGAAAAGUUCAAGGGCAUAACUUUUCUUAGGACAUUUGCACCUUCUCAUUUUGAAGGUGGAGAAUGGAAUAAGGGUGGGAAUUGUGUGAGGAGAAGGCCAUUUACAAGCAAUGAAACAUCUUUAGAAGGCUUAAACUUGGAGCUGUAUACAAUUCAAGUUGAAGAAUUUAAGUCAGCAGAGAAGGAAGGGAAGAAAAAGGGGAAAAGGUUUAGAUUGUUGGACACAACACAAGCCAUGUUAUUGAGACCAGAUGGUCAUCCAAGUAGAUAUGGGCAUUGGCCAAAUGAGAAUGUUGUGUUGUAUAAUGAUUGUGUGCAUUGGUGUUUGCCUGGUCCUAUUGAUUCUUGGAGUGAUUUCUUGCUUCAUAUGUUGAAGUUUGAGGGAAGGAGAUCCCAUGAAGAAAAACUUCAGUUUAUGAAACAGUAUAGCUAAAGAGUUAAGUUCAUCCAAACUUUUAUAGAAAAAUUGUAAUCUUUAUUAUUUACUUUUAUUGAAAGGAGAUGAGCUUAAU